AUGGAUGAUAUAUUUACAUUAUCCAGAACGGUGUGCAAAGGUGUUAUGGACAGUUUCAAAGGUGUCACUGUACUUUUUGUGCAAAAUAAGCGGUCAAAGAAAGUUGGCAGACCAGUAAACUUACCAAAAGAUCAAAAAAUGUUACAACGAAUAAUUCAAUGUUGUACAUUAAAUGGUGGCAUAUUUUGUUUAAGUAUAGUUAUUUUUGAAUAUGUUAUUCUACCUUCUUUAGGCUAUAUAAUGUCAUUUACAUUUGGAAAUUUUAAUGAAAAUAUUUGGUUAUGGACCCGAUCACUAUUGUCAUGGACAUUUGGAGCUGUAUGGGUCUUACCAAUAUUUUUGCUGAGCAAAAUAAUUAACAGUCUAUGGUUUCAAGAUAUCGCAGACAUAGCGUAUAAACAAAAAAAAGGUGAUCCACAACAGUUGACACGGAUUAGUAAAGUGAUAGCAGACUUUUCGUUUAGUAUAGUUGUCCAGUUCUUAUUUCUCAUUCAAAGUUAUUUAGUAAGUAUGGUGCCAUCAACAAUUCUUAGCAAUAUUCUUAGUAUUUUGCAUUUAUCAUUACUUUAUUCACUUUACUCAUUUGAAUAUAAAUGGUGCAAUAUGGGCAUGGAGCUAAAUUCAAGGUUAUCCAUUAUUGAAAACUGUUGGCCAUAUUUCCUUGGAUUUGGACUUCCACUAGCAGUUGUCACAUCUUUGCCAGAAUCAUAUAUUAUUAGUGGUUGUCUGUUUUCAAUUCUAUUUCCUGUGUUCAUUAUCAGUGCUAAUGAAGUCAGUCCAUCUAAAAUUAAAAUAUUUAGAUUGAAACUAUUUGCACCGGUUCUAUCCAUAACUAGUACCAUAUUCAAUCGCUCCAUUGGUCCAUCUAUAAAAUCUUCAAUGAGUACUGUAUCUAAAGCUCAAAAAAUGCAUAAAUGA